AUGGAUGUCAAUCCAAGACCUGCGGGUUAUGUCCUUUGUCCUGAAACUCAACCGGAUGAAGCAGUUCCCACAACCCCAACCCCCAGCCGAAUGGCACCUAUCACUAUCCAGUGCCUCUUGUUUUUGGAAAAUGAUCACAACCUCGGCCCUCUCGAGCCCAUAGUCCAAUGGACCAAAGUGACAUCCCCAUCUGUACCAACCCCGUGGACGACGAACCUCCAGUCAAUGGAUUGGAAGCAGUUCCAAGAUGGCGCCUUAACAUUCUUAUCCAGCUCCACCGCCUACCUCCUCCCGGCAAUGCAAUACGCCAACUUAGGGAAGACCAUCAGCUGGUUUGCGUCUAUUGGCAACCACCCUAAAUACCGAUUGCCUAAUGGCAUUCGACUCGAAGGGCAACUGGACUACUUGGCCUUUGGUGCCGCGGCAUGUGCAGCUUACCCAGCCGAGUACGAGUGGCGCUUGACCAAAAUCCGUGCAAAUGGCGCGAUUAGUGCCCGUCAAUCAACUGAACUGCUCUCGCAAUCCACAAAGAGUCACGAAUCAACCAUGACACGUGAUGCGGAAGAAUUGUUGGGCUCAGACAGCGGAUCCGACUACCCAUUGGCUCUCACCGACCGACAUGUCUCCAAGCAUCAGCGUUACAAUAAGAAUUCUACCCUCAGCCUCACUGGCAGCAGCGAUGUGGAGAUUGUCGGGCUCCCCAAACGGUUAUUUCUCCCCGAACUUCAGGCCGACGUCUCUAGCCCAGAAAAACACGCUCAAGGCCCCAGAACUCCUAUGGCUCCACCACGAAGAGACAUGGAUAUCAUCUCGAUGGAGAAUUACUUAGAUGUAGCCAAAGUCCCCAAGGAAGACCAGCGCACCCGCGAACGACUCAUGGACCAUGGGAUCACCCACUGGUCCUUCUUCCGAAGCUGCGACGAGGACGACUUGAAGGCUCUUGGCUUCUUGCCUGGGGUGGCCCGCUUGCUUUGGGAAGGUGUCCCGCGCUUACAUGAAUACUGUGAUGGCCUUGAUGACAACCAUUUCAUCACUUCACCCACGCCAAGCGCCGCUGGACCAUCACACGGCAAGUAUAGUAACAGAGUAGAGUAG